CAGAGACAUCGUACCAUCAGCUGCCAGAAUCUCGAAAAAUAGGAAAAUUGUCUAAAAUCGUCGUUGUGAGGGCGAAAUCUAAUGCAGAGUGGAGAUAUUCUGGUCCUAGAAUUCAUAUUUAAGAGGUCCAAGUUAUGGCAGGACUAGGACACAUCUUGUUGAAGAACUCAAAUCUGAUUGGACAACACCUUAGUGAUGUCUCAUGUAGGGCUUUUAAUGCCUCCAGCCCCUACAAUGCGAUCAUCCUGUUGACCAGACUUCGGUGUGUUGACAAUUCGUCCUUGGGAGCGGAGAGCAUCAGGCACAAACCCCCACGCUGCAUCCACGUCUACAACAAACAGCGAGUCGGCAAUGUCGGGGACAAGAUCCUGGUGGCCAUCAGAGGGCAGAAAAAGAAGGCAUUGGUCGUAGGAGUGAGGAGACCCGGUUCCAGCAUGUUGCCUCGAUUUGAUACGAACAAUUUAAUACUUCUAGAAGAGAACGGUAACCCUACAGGAACAAGGAUUAAGGUACCAAUCCCAUCCCAUCUCAGGAGCAGACCGGAGUUUUCAAAAGUAUUUGCUAUCGCGAGUAAAUUUGUAUGACAAAUCUUGUAAGACAUCGUGAUUUCAAUUUCAAUACACAUGCCUGACAUCAAUAUUGUGCUCAUUAUUAAACAAGAAAAGAACUUUCGAAUUGGUCCGAAAGCUCUUGCAUCAUGAAAGGAGUCUACAAAAGCAGUUUGGCUAGUGUUUUGCACAUCAUUUUGAAUUAUCGGUAGUCCAAAUUAUCAUGCUUGUCGGACUAGGAAGGUGUUAUCGAAGGAGCUGGUAAGCAUUCUAAAGGGUAAAACUUAUCAGAUGAGUAAUAAGAGCCCCUUUUUCAUCUUGAAACAUCAUGUGUCUUUAAGUCACUGAUAAGUAUCAUCCAAUCAUCAUCAGAUAAAGUAAGCUUUUCCUUCAUACAAUGUAUGCACAUCAUCCACUCUCUUGGGAAUAUUCCAGUUGGUUAUUGUGUGAGGUACUCACAGUGCUGGCCAAUCUACGGUGACUUUGACAUCCAUUCCGUGGGGAAUAUUCCAGUUAGUUGCAGUGUGAAGUACUCCCAAUGCUGGGCAAUCUAGAGUGACGUUGGCAUCCUCCACUCCCUGGGGAGUAUUCAUGUUACCAAAGGGCACUAGUGCUGCAGUUGGAUCUAUGCACCCAGCUUCUCAUUCACUGCUUUGGUGCAAAAUACCAGCUCCAUACAUACGGACAUACAUGCAUAGAUACGUAUCUAUAGGUAAUAUAUAUUGAAUAUCCAAUUCAUUCAAAUUGCAAUGUAUCCUGUAAAUUUGUGUGGGGAUUCUGUUUGAAUAGGCACAAUGGAGAACUCCACACACAUCAUUUUAACAGGUAAUUACAUUUAAUCCACGCUUUGCUAUCUAUGAGAAUAAAUACUUAGCCUGUGCAUAUUUAUUUUCACAUUUAUGUACUUUUUUUCAGUUGAGAAAAGUGUGAAGUUGUAAAAGAGACUGACCCUGCUUGUAACAUUAUGAUGCAGUUGAUAUUAAACAAGUCAUUGAAAGGAAAAGUAUGAA